AUGGUCAACGCUUCCCACGCACCGGCCGGUGUCAGCAAGAGCCAGACGACACGUCACACAUGCCAUUGCGGUAAGGGUUUCCUCCGAAAGGAACACCUGAGGCGGCAUCAGGCGACCCACCAGGUCCCGUCAUUUACAUGCCCCGUAUGUGGCCGCUCCUUCACCCGCAACGAUGUCCUGCGUCGCCAUCUCGGCGUGCACAACUCUCUCAACGCGCCCCUGGCACGCGGAUGGAGCGCCUGCGACCUCUGCCACGAGAGCAAGACCAAGUGCGACGGCGGCCAGCAGUGCUCCCUCUGCACAAAGAGAGGCAUCGUCUGCACCUACUCCCGCGACUCCAGAGCCCCGGAUGCCGAGGACGCCGUGAUCAGCGUCGGCAGCAGGAAGCGCUCCUCCAUCCAGCCGCCGGCCGCCGUCAAUCGGCGGCCGACCACCACCGCCGUUCGGACAGUGUCGUCUCCACAAUCGUCGUCGUCCGAGUCCUUCUCGGUCUCCCCUCCCCACUCUUACGCCGCCCAUGCGCCUCCGCCAUCGCUGGAAGCCCGAGGCUCCGUGCCGGCUGAGGUGGCCGUCACCGCCGUUUCCACCGCCGGUUCUGCGCCCCAGUCCCCCCGGCUGUCUCUCCGCGUGGGGCUGGGAUGCUUGGCCGGCCUGAUCGCGGCUCACGUAUCAGGCAAGUCGGAAGCGGAGAUCAACCUCCCGGUGGGUUACGCUGCCUGGCUGGAUACCUGUCUAGACUCGUACUUUCUCCACUUCCACGAGAGAUGGCCCGUCAUCCACGGACCUGCCCUCAGGGACGACUUGGAGAGCUGCCCGCUCACCGUCGCCGCGGUCGCCAUGAUUGGCGCAUGGCUCCUCAGCGGGGACAAGACGGCAGACAUCAUACUAGGCAUUCACGGCCGCCUGGCCUCGUAUGCUCUCAAGGAAUUGAUCGUCGCAGACAUCGAUGAGUCAAGCGGGCCAAAGCCGUGGCCGCACAUGGCUUACGAGGUGGCCCUCUUGAAUGCCAUCUUCGCCUUCGAGUCUGGGCGGAGGAGUCUACUGCCGAGGGCCCGCCGGCUGCUGAAUCUCACGAUAUCCUCCAUGAGAGAAAAGGGGGCGUUCAACCAGCGGCAGAUUGAAAGGCAUGCCGAGGUGCACUACCCGGGAACGUUCCGUCCCUGGCUGGAGCACCAAUACACCAAAUGGAAAUGGCUUGCUGCUAGUGCCCUGAAGAUCGACGUGUAUCUGGCCCUCGUAUCUAGUCAGCCUCCUAUACUGCACGCGGAGGAGCUGCAGCUGAGUAUGCCUCCGACGUUUUCCCUGUGGAACGCCUGGGGUCUUGACAAGUACUUCCGCCGCGUGGGUAUCGAACCAACGGACCGCAGCUCGUUCAGCAUGGCGAGCAUGGCACAGAGCCCGCAAGUGAUGAUACCGUCUGGCACCAUGGUCGAGGACGUCAUCAUAGGCCUGUGCGGGAGCUGCCACGACAUCUGGAAGCUUGCACAGGUGCAGUGGAGCGGCGGCUUCGUCCCCCAGUGUGACUCGGGCCGGGCGUGGCUCUCGGAGCCUCUACAGAGCUGGAAGGACCGCCUCGAGGGGAUCGCGAGCCUGUGGGCCGACCCUGUCGGCAACGCGCCCGAAAUCAGGCGCCUCCUGGCCGCGUACAUGGGCAGAGAGACGGAGGCCCAGCCGGGGUGGGAGCAGGCCGUCAUGAACCGCAUCACGCUGUUCGUACUCAACGGUCGCAUGCUGUACCACCUCCUGCUGCUGCACCUCAACAUAAACGUGCGGUUCAUGACUAUCCUGGUCUUCGGAUCGUGGAGCCUUGCCGGCGCAGGGGGCGCAUCUGCCUGCUCGCCCGUCACCCCCGUCGACGCCGACAUCGUCCAGCUGUGCCGCUGGGCCGUCACCGAGGACGCAAGGAAGGCCAUUCUACACUGCCUCGCCAUCCUCAAGGCCUACGAGUGCGCCCUGUACACCGUGAAUGGUCCCCCGGGGAAUAUCGACCCCAUCGCCCACGUUGCCCUGUCCACGGCCGCGGCGGUGCUGAAGGGAUGGUUCCUCACCGACGCUGUCCCCUGCACGUGUGGUGUCGUCAGCAGGUCACCGAUCGAUAACAUGGAUAUAGAUGUCAGUGCCAUCUCCGAGUCGUGCGGGUGGGUUGCCAACGGCGGCUGCGUGGCUGUCGACGGGAUUCCCGUCUGCGCCUGUGCGUCCGACGCCUGGAUGUCCCGGUUUGCUACCACGCUCAGAAGACAGGCACGGGGGUGGCAGUUGGCUGAGUUUCUGGCGGCCCGCCUGCAGACAACGCCCCUUGACGCUGCGAGGUGA